GCGACCAGUGGUAGCUAGCUAGUUAGUUAGCUGCUUUCUAUUUCCACGUUAAACCCGUACCUACAAGUUAUUCGAACUAUGUAUAUGUAUCUCCAUGGCAAAUAGUUAUCGGAACGUUGGUGCUAAUGUACGUUUCUAUUAGUUCAGUCGCUGUAAGGCUUCUUAAAUGAGACACAAGCUAAACUAGCAUAAUGUCAACAUCCCAGGGCAGGUUGUGCUGCUAAAGGAGCUCGAGUUGUUGAGAAGAGCCUGCUGAGCUGUUCAUUAUGAAGACCAAUAAAUCAUAUAAGCUUGUGCUGCACAAGAAAGGCUUUGGUGGAAGUGAUGAUGAGUUGGUUGUCAACCCAAAGGUUUUCCCUCAAGUCAGUCUGAGGGAUAUCAUCGAGAUUGCACACCCCACAGAUGAGUACAGUCCUCUUCUGCUUCAGGUGAAGAGCCUAAAAGAGGACCUCCAGAAAGAGACCAUCAGUGUGGAUCAGACUGUAGCACAAGCCUUCAAGCUGCGUGCUUACCAGGAUGUCAUUGUUAGCAUUGUGGACCCAAAGGAUGUAACACUGGAUCUGGUGGAGCUGACCUUCAAGGACCAGUACAUUGGCAGAGGAGACAUGUGGAGGCUCAAAAAGAGUCUGGUGAGCACAUGUGCUUAUGUGACGCAGAAAGUGGAGUUUGCAGGAAUCAGAGCCCAGGCCAGUGAACUGUGGGUGAAGGGAGAGAAAGUGACCUGUGGGUACAUCAGUGAAGACACCAGGGUGGUGUUCAGGUCCACGUCUGCCAUGGUGUACAUUUUCAUCCAGAUGAGCUGUGAGAUGUGGGACUUUGACAUCUAUGGUGAUCUGUACUUUGAGAAGGCUGUAAAUGGCUUCCUGUCGGACCUGUUCGCCAAGUGGAAGGAGAAGAAUUGCAGUCAUGAGGUGACAGUGGUACUUUUCUCACGUACAUUCUACAACGCCAAGACUGUUGAGGAGUUCCCUGAGAUCCUGAGAGGUUCCAUCAGGCAGGAUCAAGACGGACGUUUUUAUGAAGACUUUUACAGGGUGGUGGCUCAGAACGAGAGACGGGAUGAGUGGACGUCGCUGUUGGUCACCAUCAAGAAGCUCUUCAUCCAGUAUCCUGUGCUGGUGCGGCUGAAGGAAGCAGAUGGUUUUCCUGCCGGUUACAACUCAACUGCUGCUCAAGGAAACUACCUGGAGGCCAUCAACCUUUCCUUCAAUGUGUUUGACAAGCACUACAUCAACCGUAACUUUGACCGCACCGGCCAGAUGUCGGUGGUCAUCACGCCGGGGGUGGGGGUGUUUGAAGUGGACCGCCUACUUAUGAUUCUUACCAAGCAGCGUAUGAUUGACAACGGUAUCGGAGUGGACUUGGUGUGUAUGGGCGAGCAGCCAUUACACGCUGUACCAUUGUUCAAGCUGCACAACAGGACAGCCCCUGGAGACACUCGUGUGGGAGACGACUACAACCUCCCUCACUGGAUCAACCACAGCUUCUACACCUCCAAAAGUCAGAACUCUUGCAGCUCCUUUACUCCUCGAAUCAAACUGGCCGGACGCAAGCUGCAUGCUGAGAAAUUCAAGAGCAGCAAGGAACACACUCUGUGUGCUCCAAAGGACUCUGAAAACAGCCUCCCUAUUCAGGUGGACUACGACGCCUUUGAUGCUCAGGUGUUCAGACUGCCUGGCCCUUCACGAAUUCAGAGGAGCACCAACUUCAGGAUGGGUCGAGACAGAGAGACUAGUGGGACCAGUGGUAGGAAGAGCUGGGGCUCGGUGGAGGUCAGUGCGAGCAUCGGAGCGUCGCCUCCCGUCCGCUCUGCAGGGCCGGAGGAACAGCGCAGCCUGGCCUCUGAUGACAGCCUGGGCCCCGUGUCCAACAUGCUGCUCAUCCCCCGCAUGCAUCCUGUCCAGUAUGAGGUCAGCAGCUCCCUGGGAUACACCAGCACCAGAGAGUUGUUGGAGAAAAUGAUGGACUCUCAGCGGGACUCCAGUGCUCCGGGCAGGUUCACCGUGGGAAGUGCUGAGUCCACCCUGCACAUCCGCCCCGGAGGGUACACCCCCCAGAGAGCACUCAUUAACCCCUUCACCCCGUCCAGGAUGCCCAUGAAGCUCACCUCCAACCGGCGCCGCUGGAUGCACACCUUCCCUGUCGGUCCUUCAGGAGAGGCCAUCCAGAUCCAUCACCAGACCCGACAGAACAUGGCUGAGCUGCAGGGCAGCCAGCAGAGAGACCCCGCCCACACCUCCGCUGAGCUGCUAGAGCUGGCCUAUCAUGAGGCCACUGGGAGGCGGACGGUCUCUAGGCAUGCAGGAGAGAACAGCCUUUACCUUGGUGGAGGGAUGGAGGAGUUCACCGGGAGUCCAGGGAGCAACAACAGUGGAGCCUUAACCAACCGCGGCUCCACAUUUGAAGACGUUUCCCUCAAUGGCUCCGAUCCAAAUCACACCUUUCCUGAGCUCUGGACACAUUCCCUGCUGCUGUCUGCACCCCCGACAGUGCCCAGCUUCUGCUGCACAGUGGGGGUGGACUGGAAGUCUCUGACCACCCCGGCCUGCCUCCCCCUCACCACCGACUACUUCCCCGACCGGCAGGCACUGCAGAAUGACUACACCGAGGGCUGCUACGACCUGCUGCCCCACAGCGACCUGGAGAGGCGUGAGGAUGAAUCUCCGGUAAUGAGUGCGGGUCAGGUGUUUGAGGAGUUCCUCUGUCAGAGGUUGAUGCAGGGCUACCAGAUCAUUGUGCAGCCCAACAACAGGAAGCCUCAGCCCGCCGUCAACACUCCGCUGGGCAGCAGCCCGCUCUACUCCAGAGGUCUGGUGUCUCUGCGGCGGGCGGAGGUUGAGGAGACGGUGUACUGGCUCAGUAUGGGUCGGACCUUCCAUAAAGUCUGCCUCAAAGACAAGAUCAUCACUGUCACUCGCUACCUGCCCAAGUACCCGUAUGAGUCUGCACAGAUCCAGUACAGCUACAGUCUUUGUCCUCCACACUCUGACGCUCAGUUUGUGUCCUGCUGGGUGGAGUUUGGCCAUGAGAGGCUGGAGGAGUACAAGUGGAACUACCUGGAUCAGUACAUCUGCUCUGCAGGCUCUGAGGACUUCAGUCUGAUCGACUCUCUGAAGUUCUGGAGGACUCGCUUCUUGCUGCUGCCCGCAGGGGGAGCGAGGCGGGUGGCCGACGGGGAGGGGCACUGGGAUGUGUACGGGGAGGGAGCGGGCGCUGGGAUGGGAGGUAACGGGGAAUGGGUCCUGCUGGACGGCUUCAUCCGCUUCCUGGAGGGACUCAACCGCAUCCGGAGGAGACACCGCUCCGACAGGAUCAUCAGACAGAAGGGCACCUCAAUGAAAGGCCUGCAGGUCACCAGUCCUCUCCCGGCAUACCCCCCUGAGCCAGUGGUGCCCCCACAGGGGAAGAAAGGCACAUCAGCGUUAUCAGCAUUACUGGAGAUGGAGCAGAACCAGAAGACUCUGGAGGAGCAGCAGCAGGCAAAGCCCUCCUCAGCCGUCAGUGACCCUGCAGGUGUCGCCGCAGCCCCCUCAUAUGUAGACAGCCCCCGCAAGGACGCUGCUUUUAUUUUGGAUUUUAUACGUAGCCCUCGCUCCUCCUACAUCUAUUACUCUCAGUUAUCUGCUGAAGCCAGCGAGGCUGCAGAAAAAGGAGUCCAGGCAGCAGGAGGAGCUGGAGGAGGAGCAGCAGGAGCAGCAGCAGCCCCUGCAGGAGAGGCUGCCGCAGGCAUCACCGCAGACACCAGCGGGCAUUCUGCAGCCGGAGAAGUCUCCAUCUCCUCUUCCUCAACUCUCAUGGAGAUCCUGGAGGCCAUCAAACAUCCCACGACAGGGGUGCAGCUGCUGCCGGAGCAGAAAGGACUUCCACUCAACUGCUUCAUCAGCGCGGAGGUCGUUCAUUGGCUGGUCAACAACGUGGAGGGCGUGGCCACACAGGGGAUGGCUGUGGACAUCAUGCAGAAAAUGCUGGACGAAGGCGUUGUGUCCCACGCUUCUGGAGAUGCCAUGCCCACCUUCGUCUACGGAUUCUACUUCUACAGGAUUGUAAGACAGAAGGAUGGCUCCGCCUCCCAGCCGCCCCCCACCCCCACUGGAGGCUGGUCGGCCGCUGCCCUGGAGGACUUUGCUCUGUUCCAGCGAAAGUGGUUCGAGGUGGCCUUCGUGCUGGAGGAGCGGCGGCCCUGCGACCUGCCCGCCUUCCUUCUGCCCUGGCUGCCCAGCCGGCCCGCCUCCUACGCAAGUAGGCACAGCUCCUUCAGCCGCAGCUUUGGAGGACGCAGCCAGGCCGCCGCACUACUAGCUGCCACGGUCCCGGAGCAGAAGACGGUCACCCUGGAUGUGGACGUGAACAACCGCAGCGACCGCACAGAGUGGUGCAGCUGUUAUUACCAUGGAAACUUCUCCCUCAACGCUGCCUUCGAGAUCAAGCUGCACUGGAUGGCUGUCACUGCCGCUGUGCUCUUUGAGAUGGUUCAGGGCUGGCACAGGAAGGCGGCGUCCUGCGGCUUCCUGCUGGUCCCCGUGCUGGAGGUCCCUUUCGCUCUCACCUCCUACCUGUACGGGGACCCUCUGAGGGCCCAGCUCUUCAUCCCUCUGAACAUCCACUGCCUGCUGAAGAACCCCAGCGACAACCUGUUCGAAGGCUUUGAACCGGAGACGUACUGGGAGAGGAUGCAGCUCUUCCAGGAGGCCAUACUGUACAGAUUCGGCUUCGUGCACGACAAGUUCUCAGCUUCUGCCUUUAACUUCCCCUCUGAGAACAAGCCCCAGUACAUCCACGUCACAGGCACCGUGUUCCUGCAGCUGCCGUAUUCCCGGAGGAAGUUCUCCAGCGGGCAGCAGCGGCGGCGCAGGAACUCUAACACCUCCAACAGCCAGGGCCCGUACGGCAGCGAGGAGCGGGUGGGGUACUACUGGGCCUACAACACCAUGCUGACCAAGGCCUGGAGGACGGGGGUGCUGGGGGACGAGAGGCUGGCUGACCGGUUGCUCAGAGAUUUCACUGACUUCUGCGCCAACAAGGACAACCGGCUGCUGCACCUGUGGGACGACUGCCAGGAGAAGAUGAACACCAGCGCGCCUUAACAGAGAGUGUUCGUCAAAGAACUCUUUAUUCUCAUUUAUGCUGCAAAAUGAAAGACUGACCCACUGCCUCCAGAGGGAUGGAAAAAACUUCAGAUCUUUUACCAAAGUAAAGGUAUUAAUGUCACGGUGUAGAAAUGAUCUUCUACAAUUCCUGCGUACAUUUUUAUACUUAAAAAAGUAGAAAAACCAUCAGUACGUUUGAAGUACCAAAACAAAAAGUAACAUAAUAUAUUUAUGUAAUCCCUGGACUGGAUAAUAAGUGAUCCAUUCAUGUGUUCACCCUUUUAAUUUUGCAACUGUAAAGGCACGAGCUAACUUUAAUGAAUUUUUAUGUUGCUAACUCCAUGAUAAUUUAUUAGUUGAUUUAUAUUUAGUAUUACUAAAUAGGGUCCUGCAAACUAACUAAUGUUGUCCAAUGAAUGUACAGGAGUAAAAAGUACAUUAUUUGCUUCUAAAAUUAUGUGUGUGCUUCCCAUUACUGCCUGCUCCAAUAAGAUCCACCUCUGGUCUGGAGGUUUACAGUAUUAAAGGCUCCAUUCUGUUGAAGAUUAAAAUAUAAUGUUGAUGCCUUAAGAGCUGAGUGUAUGCUCCAAUGAUGUGUUUUGUUAAUUAUUUGUUUAUUUACAAAAAUAAAUAAGACAAUGUUUAAUAAAAAGCCACUUCCUGUUA